AUGGAGAUGGAUCUCCAGAGACAAACAGGCUCGGAGCCCGUUCCUCAGCCGUGCGGGCCGCGGAGCCGCUCCCCGCCGCGCUGCUGGCUCAGAUCCAACCCGUACCAAGCCAGCCUGCUCCAGGACAGCGUGCGGAGGUACCUGCAGCUGCCAGCAGACCAGACCGUGCUGAUCCUGCACGCCAAAGUUGCACAGAAGUCCUAUGGCAAUGAAAAAAGGUUUUUCUGCCCCCCACCUUGUGUUUACCUGAGUGGGCCAGGAUGGAAGUUAAAGCAGGAGCAGAUAAAAGCCAGGGACCUGGGAGAGGCUGGAUUUCGGGUGUGUGGGUACAUGGGGCUGGACAGCAUGGGCAGCAGCCUGAUGGAGACCCAGAAGCUCAGCUUUGAGGAGCAGCCAGAUGCAAAGGGGUUCAGCUGUGCCAAGGCCCUGUACAUCUCGGACACGGACAAGCGCAAGCAUUUCCGCCUGGUCCUGAAGCUCUUCUUCAGCAACGGGCAGGAGAUCGGCACCUUCCACAGCAAACUCAUCAAGGUCAUCUCCAAGCCCUCGCAGAAGAAACAGUCGCUGAAGAACACGGACCUCUGCAUCUCCUCAGGCUCCAAAGUGUCCCUCUUCAACCGCCUGCGCUCCCAGACCGUCAGCACCCGGUACCUGUCCGUGGAGGGGGGAGCCUUCAUCGCCAGCGCCAAGCAGUGGGCAGCCUUCACCCUCCACCUGGCGGACGAGCGCUGCAGCCGGAGCGAGUUCCCGCUGCGGGAAGGGUACAUCCGCUACGGCUCCGUGGUCCAGCUGGUCUGCACGGCCACCGGCGUCACCCUGCCGCCCCUGAUCAUCCGGAAGGUGAUGAAGCAGUACGCCAUGCUGGACGUGGAUGAGCCCAUCUCCCAGCUCCACAAGUGCGCCUUCCAGUUCCAAGGCAGCGACCGCAUGUACCUGUGUCUCUCCACAGACAAAGUGAUCCAGUUCCAGGCAUCUCCCUGCCCAAAGGAAGCCAACCGGGAGCUGCUGAAUGACGGCUCGUGCUGGACCAUCAUCAGCACAGAGACUGUGGAGUACACCUUCAGUGAGAGCCUGGCCUGUGUCCGUGAGCCCGUCAGCCCCGUUCCGCUCAUCGCUGCCCUGCAGCUCACGGGCGGUGGGGACGUGGCCAUGCUGGAGGUGCAGGGCGAGUAUUUCCAUGCACGCCUCAAGGUCUGGUUUGGAGAUGUGGAAGCAGAGACGAUGUACAGGAGCCCCAAGUCCCUUGUGUGUGUCGUCCCUGAUGUCUCUGCCUUCGGCAGUGACUGGAGGUGGCUGCGAUAUCCCAUCACGGUCCCGCUCCUGCUGAUCAGGGACGAUGGCCUCAUCUACUCCAGCUCCUUCACAUUUACCUACACCCCGGAGCAGAGCUGCAUCCCAGGGCAGCAGGUCCUCUCAGAUGUUCCCCAGGACUCAGACAACUUACUUGACAGCAUCCACCAGGAGUUUACCAGGACCAAUUUCCAUCUCUUCAUGCAAACCUAG